AUGAAUAUUAUAGUAUUAAAUAUUAAUAAUACAAUUAAUAUUAUAUUUAAAUAUAAAUAUGAUUUUUUUAUUAAAUUAUAUUUAAAUAAUUAUAUUAAAUUUUAUAAAUUAAUAAUUUAUAUUAUAAAAUAUUAUUAUAUAUAUCAUAUUUAUAAAUAUAAAUCUACUAAAAAUAGAAGUAUUAUAAAUUUUAGUAAGAAAAAAAUAAGAUUACAAAAAGGAUUAGGUAAAUCUAGAUUAAGAAAUAUAUCAUCAUCAAUAUGUAAACAAGGUUAUUGUGUAUUUGGUCCUUAUUAUAAAAAGAAUUAUAUAUUAUGUAAUAAAUUUAUAUAUAAAUUAAUUUUUUUAUAUUUAUUAUUAAAUAAACGUAGUAAUAUUAUAAUUAUUAAAUUUGAAGAUAUUUUAAAUUUAUUAAAUAUUAUUUAUAAUAAUAAUAAAUUAUUAUUUAAUAUUUAUUUUUUAAUAUAUAAAUUUUUAUAUUUUAAAGGGAUUUUAUUAGAUAAAAAAUAUAAAUUAUUAAUUUUUAAUAAAGUUUAUAAUAAGUAUAUUUAUUUAAAUUUAAUAAUAUAUAAUUAUAUUAUAUUAAUUAUUUAA